ACUCCGUUGAGUCCGUUCAACUCCUGCGCCGCCGCCAUUCUCCAUUUCUCUUCCUGCAUCGCUACUCCCCUUCGUUGCCGCCAGCGCUCGCCUCUUCGUCGUCAUGUCUCGCCUCUCCGGCCGCUUCUCCUUCGUCCCUGGUCUCGAGGCACCGAUAGAUCAUAAUCCAGUUGCAUCAAGGAGACUGAAGAAGGAUAACAAUGACGCUAAGAACUCAAUUCUUCACUCUCACUCUCCAAAUUCCAUUUCAUUCAUCAUCAUCAUCUUUCUCUGUCACCAUUCCCGGCAAAACCAGCACCCAUUCACUCCUCUCUUUGUGGCGCCCUCUUUCCUAUUCAACAACCUCCUCCUCUGCAGCUGCCAUCCCCCCUUCACCUCCACCUGCACUUCUCCGAAUGGUGCUGUUCGUUCCACCGGGAGUGGAGCCCCAUGAAGUCAACGAGUCAAUGGUGCUUCCAGGAUCCAACAUUAUAAUCGGACCCUAUGCAGGCGAUGCUCGCAUUAAGGGUGUGGAGUUCGUAAAGAGCAGUGGCAGGGCCAAGGACUGCCCCAAAGAUGACCGACCUGAAUUCGCCAUAUUAGGUCGCUCCAAUGUUGGCAAGUCUUCUCUUAUUAAUGCCCUUGUUCACAAGAAAGAAAUUGCCCUCACCUCUAAGAAACCAGGGAAGACUCAGCUUAUCAAUCACUUCUUGGUCAACAAAAGCUGGUACCUUGUGGAUUUGCCUGGUUAUGGCUUUGCUAAAGCACCCGAAGCUGCUAAAAUGGACUGGUGCUCGUUCACCAAGGAGUACUUUUUGAAUAGAGAUACCCUGGUGGCUGUCUUGCUUCUCAUUGAUGCAAGUGUUCCACCUCAAAAGAUUGACCUGGAUUGUGCGAAUUGGCUUGGACGCAAUAAUCUCCAUGGAUUUCAGAUACCAAUCACUUUUGUUUUCACAAAAUGUGAUAAAAUGAAGGUGGCAAAGGGAAAAAGGCCUGAUGAGAACAUAAGGGAUUUUCAAGAAAUAAUCAGGCAAAACUACAAGAUACAUCCCCCUUGGAUAAUGACUAGCAGUGUAUCUGGAAUGGGCAGGGAUGAGCUUCUCUUGCACAUGUCACAGCUGAGAAACUACUGGGAUCAGUAGAAGGAAUUCUCAAAUAGUCAAAUCCAAAUACACGUAACGCUCUAUAAGAACAUGCAUGAGCAAGUUGAAAUCACAGGAAAAGUUGCAACUUCAUAGAUGAAUUGCGUGGAAAAGCUAUGGGGUUCAAUUAUAUUACCCAUGGUAUUUCAGCUGGAUCUUUCUUCAGGAUCUUUGUUCUCCUUGAGCUGCAGCCUUAUGUUGACCAUAUAUUACAUGGGAUCCAGCUUGAGUUGUUGCAUGGUACUGGAUCUUUAUACGAUGAUUCGUUAAUUAUAGUCCUACACUCCUGCUAAAUGUUUAUAGGACUAGAAAAUUGCAGGGAAAUGCCAUUUCUUUGGCUUUUAUGUUACACUCUGCAACUUUUGCAAUAGCGAAAGAAUGUAGAUGUUUUGAUGUAUUUUUUGAGUCAGAGAUAAACAAAGCUAUUGGAACUCAACAGCAGCAAUAGCAACUGCCACUGCAAUCAUAAACUAAAA